CGUCGUCGUCCGUCGUCGUCGCCGCCGCCGCCACGCCGUUGUUCACUAUUGAAGCAUUUGUCCAACCACCAUUGAUGAUGGCCCUGUGAUCAUCAUCAUCAUCAUCAUCAUCCCAACGACUGCCACUACUUUUACGAGAAGCACCACUACCAUCUCCAGCUCCAUCCUCUGCCACUGCACCACCGUGAUCAAAACCUAAAGCAGUUCGUUCGACCGUCCACCGGAGCCCGCUCUGUUGUCCAAAUCUACGUGAACGGACGAACUGCAAACUAACGAAGGAUCGAAGCAAGCGACGGGGACCAUCCAACGAACGAAGGAUCGAACGAACGAACGAACGAACAAACGGCAGAUAGCACCAAUUUAGGAUCGAAGAGCAGAGGACUCACUCACUCACUCACUCACUCACGCACGCAGUUAGUACUUCAGUGUUCAAUACCAAGUGGUUUGACUUUGGAGGAUCACUCAAUAAUUGCCUUCUGAAGAAGGAUUGUCGGUGUUUUCUAAUUUCUAUUCGUGAUCAUCCACCUCCGAACAAAGGUGUCGACGUUGUUCUUGUUAUUGUCUUUCUUCGUGGUGGUGAUACUGGAACAUUAUCAAGGAAUAUUCAUAUAACUUUGCCAGGUAGAUCAUCCCCUUCGGCUAAAUCCACAGUGGGUACCAUGGAUCCAAGAAGGUCUCCCUCACCCCACUCGUCGGAUCCAUUCGAGAAGAUCAAGCAGACACAAGAAUUACUGAGCAAAAUCAUGAUGGCCUCAUUGGUGCCCAACGUAUCAGGCAUAUCUUCGUCUGUACCGCAAUCCCAAUUGCUAAGUUACCAAAUGGCCCAAAUCCAGAUGCUUCAGCAAAUGGCUUACAUGCAGAAACUGGCACAAGAUCAGAGUCAAAACAAUCGACCGGAAGAAUCUCCACAAUCACCACUGGAUUUGUCAUCACAAUUUUCCAUGUUCAAACCCCAAGAGACCAACCAUCAACAAGCCGAAGACAUUCUCAAGACAUUUCCCCAUCUGGCACAUUUAGGUUAUGGCGGACUUCCCGGGCUCUCAGGACUCCCAACAUCCCGGGCCCAUCAGGUUGCCAUCCCGAAAACACCUAGCCCCUCCAGCCCGUCGAGAAGUCCUCCCGGAUCCAACGCCAAAUUAAGUGGUUGGCAAAGUCAGUGGCUUAAGCGAAGUUCCGUGGAGGAACAGGAGGUGUUCAAAUGCUCAACUUGCCAAGGAUCGUUUUCAUCAUUUCAAAGGCUGACGGAUCAUAUGGUACAAAGUGGACAUUUUGCCACGGAAUCUUCUCCCAGCUUUGCCAGCUCAUCAUCCCAAAGAUCUGCUUCCCCCAAAAAAUCAAGAGCUUCAUCAGAUCUUCAACCAAAGAGAGACAUCCUCAAGGAGCCUUUGCCCAUGCCCAGGAAGCUAGUUCGUGGCCAAGACGUUUGGUUGGGUCGUGGAGCUGAGCAAACCAAGAACAUACUGAAGUGUAUGUACUGUCAGGAAAGCUUUCCAUCCCUCGAAAUUCUUACCUCUCACAUGAAGGAGACGGGACACUACGCCAAGGUGAUUUCGCAAGAUCAGAUCACUUCGUGGAAAGGUCCACCGCCAAGAAAUACGGAUUCCCAUUCAAAAAGCUCCCCCAGGCACGAGUUGAACGAGGUCCAAUCCGUCCUGACCUGCCGUGUUUGCCAAGAGCCCUUUUCCACUCUGAAAGAUCUUGGUGAACACAUGCUCCGAACCAACCACCAGGAUCCGGCUACGUCCAUGAGUCUGGCCAGAUCAAUGAAGAGGGACUUUUCGGAUUUUCCUGGACCUCGCAGUGGAUCGGUAUCCGGCAAUCAAGGGUCCAAAAGGCAAAAGUCGUUGCCGGUGAAGACGCUCCUUGAACUGGAGCGAUCCAAACGUGACGUGACGAGCUCACCAGUGGGCAAGAAUGGAUCCAUGACCCGAUCACCUUUGUCUUCACCGGGAUCUCCGUCUCCCAUUGGCGCCGGAGUGGACUCGGAAAGCAUCUCCCGACCUCUGUCCACCAAAAGUGCGUGUUCUUCCGUUUCGACGGAAUCAGCCGCAAUCUCGCAAGCAAAACCGGCGCCAAAGAAGAGUUCACUUGGAUCGCUAGAAGACCUUAUUCAGGCCAAGUUCCACUCAGUCUUGAAAGGUGGACAAAACCCUGCUGUCCCCCACCUUUCCAAGUCGUCUCCAAUGCCUGAGGACAAGGGCGUUUCCCCGCCUCGCAACGACAACCCCUCUUCCAAGGAAUCCCCUGGGUCCGACCCAUUAGCCGCUCUUCAGCUUCUUUGUCAAGAUUCUUCCGCCAAAACUACCAAAGAACCUUCACCCCGCACCACUCAAGAUUCGGGUUCAAUCCUAGCCUUCUCCUGGGCUUGCAACGAGGCCCUGGCUCGCAGUGGGGAUUCUCACCUGAUCCAAUGUCCCUAUUGCGAUACCACGUUUGCCUCCAAGGGUGCUUAUCGACACCACUUGAGUAAGGUCCAUUUUACCAAAGACGACCUGGUACCGCCUACACGAAUGCAGAAGAAAACGCCGGAUAGUUUGGCCUCUUCCUCACCCCAACCUCAGGACGAAAGUUUUGGCGAGAAACCAAAGGAGGAAGUGAACGAAGAGGAUGGCGGCGAACCACCCAAAGAGGGCAGUCAGAAUAAAUAUCAAAAAUACACCGAAAUGGCGAAACAGCUCUCGUCGCAAGCAAAUACUAAGCCACUCUCAUCUCCGGCCUGAUCCCCCCUUCAAAAGGGCCAAAGGUAGGACAAGCUCAGGAGAUGCGAGCUUGGUCUUCCGUUGGGAACCAGAUGGUGGUGGUGGAGCAAGUACUACUGCACUGCCAGUUGAUCAGGAGACGAGCAAGUCGAGUUUACAACUGACCGAUCAUUCACGAUUAAUUGAUGAAUUGUCUGUGAAAGCCUGAUGAUCACCAUCUCUGGACUGCGAGAAUGCGAUUGUAUGUGUAUGCGAGUGCGCCAGUGGAUGUGCGGAUCGCACUUCCCCAUCAGGAUGGAUAUCAGACCGGUGAGAGGUCAGGUUCAUGAUGAAAAUGAAGAAUCAUAAAGCCGCUCCCAUCGAGUUGGGAAGUUUUCGGGAGGUGAUCAAUGAGCAGGCCGAGUUAGAGGGGCACUCGAAUAAUGAUGCUCACUGCUGAUGGAAAUGGAUCACGACCAACCAAGGGUAGUGGAAGCGACGAGGAAGGAAGGAAGGAAGGAAAGAAAGAAAGAAGGAAGCAAGGGAGAGAAAAGGGCAUUCCAAUAAACAGAUCAGAUCAUGAUAAAACACAAAAUAACAUCGAAAAGACCCCCAGAAGAUCUCGAUCUUUUGUAGUCAUCCAUCAAGAGGCCAAUUGAUGGAUUUGCUUCGUCGCCCUUCGCCGUUUUCAUCCUCUGCCUUGACUGGCUAAGAAGAUCAGUGGGUCGGUCAUUCAUUGGUUAUACAACAUCAGCCAAGAUCAAAGAGUCUCUCUCAUUCCAGCAACACCGAAAUCAAAGAGAAUCAUAUACGUAAAUAUAGAGGUCACGCAAUUUACAGAAAUUGACAACUUGUUUAUUAUUUAUUUAUUUAUUUAUUCACCUUCUCUGUCUGCUAUUGAUUUGGACAUCAGUGGAAACGAAGGAAAGACUGGACGAAAAAGUUGAUCCUAGUAUAUUUACAGUGCGGCGAUAAACCAAAGGGAUUGACAAAAAACUCACAGUUAGCAUGAUUGAUAUUAAAGCCCGAGAAAUUCAAUUGGCUCUUGAAGGAGACGACAUUCGUCACAAAUGUCGGAAUGUUCGCCAGCGAGAUAUCGACAACUGGGAGUCCGGAUAGUGCCCUGGAACUCUCGGUUGUGCUCUGACCCUGAACUUCCGCGAACCAUCAUGCUUCCUUUGAAGUUCUCAUCCACUUCGA